AUGGCAGGUCCCGCGACCCUCACAGCCAGCCUCCUGCUCCUGGUCCUCUGUGCCCACCACAUCACACCUGCAGGCGCAGUGACCAUCCCCUCUUCCUGCUGCUUGACCUUUAUUUCCAAGAAAAUUCCCGAGGCCCGGGUGGUGAGCUACCAGCUGUCCAGCGGGAGUGUGUGCCCCAAGGCAGGGGUGAUCUUCACCACCAAGAAGGGCCACAAAGUCUGUGGUGACCCCAAGCAGCAGUGGGUCCAGAGGUACGUGAAGAACCUGGACGCCAAGCAGAAGAAAGGCUCUGCUGGGGUCAAGGCGGUACGAAGGAAGAACCCAGUCCGAAGACGCCCUGCCAAUGGGACCACCGUCUAG